GCUGAGAAACAAUUUGGUUCUCUCUCUCAGACACACUCUUCUAUCGCCACUACUUCAAUAGAAGGCAACAUAAAAUGCCCUAUAUUAUUUGAAGAGAACAUCAACUCUUCAUAUUCACAUGCCAUAAGCAAAGUAACCCUUUUGGUGUAAAAACCAAACUCACAUCUAAGUACUCUCUAGAUCCCUUGACUAUAUUAUCAAAUUUUCAUGCACCAUAAGACACGUGGUAUGAAGCAAUUAAUUUUUGAUGAGAUUUUCAUAUAUUUAUUUUUGUGAAUACGGUAUUAUGUAUAUAGAAAAAUAAAUCUUUGAUUAAUGCUUGGUGUGUCAUCACCUCCUGUGGGGAGUACAAGAAGAGAUGAAAGAAUGGAGAGCUUCAAGUCGAUUGGGGUGUCAUCAAAAGACGAUGGAUUUGGCGAACUGUCUGAAGGAAGCUUGUUGGAAAGCAUCAAUUUUGAUGACCUCUUCGUCGGCAUCAACAUGGAAAGCGAUGUGUUGCCAGAUUUGGAGAUGGAGGCUGAUGUCUUUGCCCAAUUUUUUGACAACCCUAAGGCAGCGGCAGAUCAAUCUUCAAUUCACAAUAAACUUGCUUCCAAUAAGAAUGAGGAGUCUGUAGUUGUGAAUCCUCCUACGAAGAAUGCUGGAAAAGGAAGAAAACCAUCGUCUCAAUCCAAGAGUAAUAAUCCUCAAGCCAAGAUUAGAAAAGUCAAGGUGGAUUGGACCCCAGAAUUACAUAGGAGAUUUGUACAAGCCGUGGAACAACUUGGAGUGGAUAAGGCAGUACCUUCUAGGAUUUUGGAGAUUAUGGGAAUUGAUUGCCUCACUCGCCAUAACAUUGCAAGUCACCUUCAGAAAUAUAGGUCCCAUAGGAAACAUUUACUAGCGCGUGAAGCUGAAGCAGCAAAUUGGAAUCAAAGGAGACAAAUGUAUGGAGGAGGUAUAGCAGGGAAGAGAGAUAUGAGUAGCCCAUGGGUAGCACCUACCAUGGGUUUCCCUCCAAUCACUUUAAUGCACCAUUUUAGACCAUUACAUGUAUGGGGUCAUCCCUCCAUGGACCAAUCUUUUAUACACACUCCGACUCAUUCACUGUCGCGGCCGUGGGUGCAACCUGUUGCUCUCCCGUUCUGGCAUCCUCACCACCAACUAGCUCAAAACAUGCUAACCCCAGGAUCACCGUGUUUUCCACAGCCUCUGACAACAAGGAAAUAUGGAUCAGGAGGUGUGGCAGGCAGUAUUCCAGCAACAUCACCACAUCCACAUGUUAUGUACAAAGCAGCAGAUCCUCCCAUUAACGGCCUCUCCAGCCCCAACCCAAACCCCAUCAUUGACUUCCAUCCGUCAAAGGAGAGCAUAGAUGCAGCUAUUGGAGAUGUUCUAUCAAAGCCAUGGCAGCCACUACCUCUUGGACUUAAAGCUCCAGCACUUGACAGUGUUCUAACUGAAUUACAAAGACAAGGAAUUUCAAAUAUUCCACCCUCUUGUGCUUGAGAAUAUAAAGGUUCUUUAUCCCUUUAUUGCACUUUCAUGGCGGUGGCCACAACAAACCCUAAUUUGACGACUUCUCUUAUCGUUCAUUAUAUAUAUGUUGCAUGCAUCGAUCGCAUCAUAUAUAUAUAGUAAUAUUUUGCUUUUAAAAGCAAAAGGAAAAGAAGAAUUAGAAAAGGGGAAAAAAAAGAAGAAUAUAUCUUUCAUUGCUUUUUAACUUUUUCCUCAGGUGCUGUAAUCUUAAACGAGGUAUUAGUUUGAAGACUCGAUCAUUAGCCAUUUUGUGUAUGUACCAUUGUAAUGGCAGUGAUUUUUGUGUUACUAUGAGACUAAUAAUAUAAAUAAGUUGAGGAAUCCCAAGAAAGCAUGUACUUUAAGGAU